AACUUAGAAAACCCUGGCCUGCAGCCUGGAGCUGAAACUCRGCUUUAUGAAAUACAUUAAGCAGUAACUAUGGGAAAUGACUCAAAUGUGAUGCCAAGAGUUUCAUUUAUUUUUUUUUUAACACUGACAGAGCUCCCUCCUUCGGAAUUGCCSCAUACCGUGGGUGCUGAUGAUCUGCAGAAACUUCUUCACCUGCUGCAGUCCACAGACGACCCAUUAAUUCAAGAGCAGGUUUUAAUCACGCUCRGCAACAGUGCUGCCUUCUCUGUAAAUCACGAUAUAAUUCGGAAUUUGGAUGGCCUUUCUAUUAUUGGAAGGAUGCUCUCGGAUUGCAUUCCCAGGGUCAAAGAAAAAGCACUAAAUGCUCUUAAUAAUUUGAGUAUGAACAUUAAAAAUCAGAAAGAGAUACAGGUUUAUAUYAUGCAAGUUUGUAAGGACAUUGAGUCAGCUUCCCUGAACUCUGAUCUGCAGCUAGCUGGACUCAGACUGCUGACRAAUAUGUCUGUCACCAGCGACUACCACCAUAUGAUGAUAAAUUCAAUUCCGUGCUUCCUUCACCUGCUUUCAGAAGGAAACGAAAGGACACARAUUCAAGCUCUGAAAGUACUUGUGAAUCUCUCUGCAAACUCAGCCAUGACAAGACAUAUUCUCCAAGCUCAAGCCCCGUCACUGCUGCUACUUUUUGACAACUGCACGAACAGAGACGUUCUGCUCAGAGCCCUCACGUUUGCAGCAAAUUUGAAGAAGACUGAGAGCACUGAGGAAGGCACCGAGCUUCAGAGCCAGGCCAGCCAAGAUUCAGUUUUCUCUACCCUCUGUGGGGCUUCUGCUCCCUUCGCUCAGAAACUGGCAUCUUUAUUGCAUCACCCUGAUACAGAAGUGAAGGAGCAGGUUGCCAGAAUAUUAACACAAUAGUCAUUAAAAACCAGUGAUCUGAUUAAAUAUUUAAUCUUGAGUGCUUUCAUACAAGAAAAUAAAACUUUUUUUGGAAUACUAUCCUAUUAUUAGGUGAAAAACAGCUAUUGUGAGAGAGAAUGCAAUAUAUGUAAUAGAGAGCAUAGUAAGAGAAUUCUGAGCAAGAUAACACAGCAGCUUACUUAGCACUGACAAACCACUAUGGAGCUGGUACCCACUGACAAACGGGGAGAGACGGUUUAAAACACAAAUCUACACGUGUAGUGUAUUUUCAGAUGGACUAAAAAGUCAAUCCAAAUACUSUCUCAAUGUUACAAAGAAUUUCUA